AUGGGUAGUCCUACGAAACCCAGUCUUGAGAAAGUGGAGACAGUUGUUAAAGCUACUCUAAAGAAGGUUGUUAAGUUGGAUCCACCUUCAACGAAGGUCAUUAAGCAUGUUGUUGAAGAAUCUUCUACACCUAUCACAGAAGUUGUACCUACGAAAUCCGGUGUAUUGAAAAGGUUAAAGAAAGUGGCUCACAAGCCUCAUCAUUCACGAGAGCGAUUUAGCAAUUUUUUGCCAAAAGGCAUAUCGAAGAUUACUCACAAGCCUCAGCUAAAUCGCCAAGGAGGUGUUAUUUGCGAGAUUCCAACCCAUGUGUCUCCUAGUUCUAAAAAGUGA